AAGAUUUAGAGGAGCACAUGGAAAGGCAAAGGGGAGGAGGGAAAGUCGAAACGGCGAGAAAGAAGCGGGCGAGGGGUGUGUGUGUCUCUGCGCGCGGCAGCCAGCAAGCGAGCUGUGGGAUGCGAUUCCCAUUUGCUGAUCCUUCGCCCGGUGCAACUGCGGCCGCGCCAAGGGCAGCUCGCGCCAGUAGCCCGCUGAGUGCAGGGUCCCGCCGGGUUCUAGGCUCCGCCUGCGCCGGGUUCUAGGCGCCGCGCUGCGCUCCAGAGCCGAGACUUUCCGCGCACGGCGGGUUCUUCUCGGUCUGCAGACUCCCGCGUUCUUCCCAAGCAGGGGACACGAUGGGCGGCCGCUGCUUGCGCGCUCCGCUGCUGCUGCUGCUUUUCCUGCUGGGCGCUCUCUCUCCGGCUGCCGCCAACCUCGACGAUCCGGACGAGGACGACGACCUGGUGGCGUCCUUCGCCUUCGAGGAGGAGAGCCAGGCCGACUUUGGGAAAUACCGGAGCGGGUCCGCCGCUUUCCAUCGGAGCAAUAAGGACUUGUGGCGCCUGCCAGGGCAAUACAUUGUGGUGCUGAAGGAGGAAACCCACAAAUCUCAGACGUCAAGGACCGCCAAGCGCCUGCAGGCUAGAGCAGCCAGGCAUGGCUACUUGACGAAAAUCCUGCAUCUCUUUGAGGACCUGUUCCAGGGCUUUCUCGUGAAGAUGAGCAGCGACGUGCUGCACAUGGCUUUGAGACUACCACAUGUGGAUUAUAUAGAAGAGGACUCAUAUGUGUUUGCUCAGAGCAUUCCCUGGAACCUUGGCCGGAUUGUCCCUGUGCAAGACGGAUCUACUGAAUAUAAUCCUCCCAACAGAGGAGACCUGGUUGAAGUUUAUCUGCUGGAUACUGGGGUCCAGAGCAACCACCGAGAGAUCGAGGGCAGAGUGUUCAUGACCGAAUUUGAGAACGUCCCAGAAGAAGACGGCACUCGCUUCCACCGACAGGCCAGCAAGUGUGACAGCCACGGGACCCACAUGGCUGGCGUUGUGAGUGGGAGGGAUGCCGGCAUCGCCAAAGGAGCCAGCGUGAGCAGCCUCCGAGUGCUCAACUGCCAGGGGAAGGGCACUGUGAGUGGCACUCUGAUGGGAUUGGAGUUCAUUAAGAAGACCCUGGAUGUCCAGCCCUACAGCCCUCUGGUUGUCUUGCUUCCCUUGGCUGGUGGUUAUAGCCACAUCCUGAACACGGCCUGUCGCCUGAUGGUCCGGAUGGGGGUGGUGAUAAUUGCUGCAGCGGGCAACUACAAGGAAGACGCUUGCUUGUAUUCACCGGCAUCAGAACCAGAGGUUAUCACAGUGGGGGCCACCAAUGUUCAGGACCAGCCUGCUUCCAUGGGCUCCUUGGGGACCAACUUUGGCCGUUGUGUGGACGUUUUCGCCCCCGGAGACGAUAUCAUCGGUGCCUCCAGCGACUGCACCACUUGCUUCACGUCACAGAGUGGGACGUCCCAAGCAGCUGCGCACGUGGCAGGAAUUGCAGCCAUGAUUCUGAACUCCAACCCUGACCUGUCCAUCACCGAGUUGAGGCAGAAGCUGAUCCACUUCUCCAGCAAAAACCUCAUCAAUGAGGCUUGGUUUCCAGAAGACCAGAGGUUACUAACUCCAAACAGGGUAGCUGGGCUUCCCUCUAAACUGGUAGCAGAUGAGCAGCUGUACUGUCGUUCCGUGUGGUCUCCCCCGUCGGGGUCAACCAGCAAGUCGAUAGCUGCUGCCCGCUGCAACAGCAAUGAAGAAAUGUUCAGCUGCUCAAGCUUAUCGAAGAAUGGCAAGCGGCGAGGCGAGCGCAUGGAGGAUAACGGAGGCAAGAAGGAGUGUGUGGCUCAUAAUCGAUUUGGGGGCCAAGGCGUCUAUGCCAUUGCCAGGUGCUGCAUUUGGCCCAAAGCAGACUGCCAGGUUCAUGGCCACUCGCAGACUGCAGAGGGCGCAGCACUGCAGAGUGUCAGCUGCACCAAGGACGGCCAUGUUUUGACAGGUUGCAGCUCUCAUUCUCUGGCUGGAGAUUUCAGUGACAGCAUCAGACCUGAACUGGGGACAGAAAGCCAUCGUGACCAGUGUGUCGGCCAGGCAGGUGCAACCGUGCAUGCUUCCUGCUGCCAUGCGCCCAGCCUAGAGUGCAAGGUGCAGGAAUACUCUUCUCUGGAGUACACACCAAAGGUGAUGGUGACUUGCGAUGAUGGUUGGACUUUGACAGGAUGCAGUGCCCAGUCCCAUGGCCCCAACACACUUGGGGCGUAUUCUGUGGACAACACGUGCGUCGUCCUGAGCAGCCCAAGGGGCAAAGGAACAGCAGCUCUGGCCAUCUGCUGCAGAAAGAGACUCUUGGAAGAUAAGCAUGGUUCCAAUUAUAAGUGACAGGCCUAUUCCCACCCACCCUUUACUAUCUAUCCCUGGAACUACUGUGUUAAGACCACACCCCCAUAACAUCACCCUGGUGAAGAAGUUAUUCUUCCAGGUGGGACUCUAGAAAGCGUUUGGGGUGGCCUCAGCAGAAUGCUCCCAGUGUAUCAGUUUGCCAAUAGUACCACCAUCUUCACUAUGGGGAGAUGGUUCUAGUGAUGCCCUCUCAGCAAUACCAAUUGAGAUGCAUCCACAGAAUGAUGUUGACAGUAGCUUAGUCAAUACUUCCCCUAUCUGCCUUUUAUAUGUAUGGCCAGCCACUUCCAGCCCUUUAGGAUGUAUGACAGCAUCGGCUCCUUCCAAGUUUCUUCUUGUCCCAAAACUGCAGGGUAGGCCAACCAUACUCCUUAUUGAUGUGAACCACCCAGAGAGGUUUCCUGAAAACAGCAUGGAUUGGGCAGUGCUCUGAGCUCAAAGUGAUAUUAAUGCACAUACAUGCGUUCACUUAACGUGUUUGACUUCUAUGGUUUUUGAAGAACUGUUCAGUGUUUGUUCAAAAGCUGGGGAUAAAGAAGAAUGGGAGCUUUGGAGAGGACAUGUUUUUGUGGGACCUCAACCCCUUCAUGGUGUCUGAGGUAUAACCAGCAACUCCCCUUUUGCAGGAAUUAGCAGCUUCUGAACUAUAAAUGUUGAGUAUCCCCCCUAAGACUUUUAACCUGGUAUCUAAAGCAGGAUUUUGGAUGGAUAUAUUCAACUAAGUAACUGCAUGAGAGCAUAUGCAGUGGGACUGCCCCCCCUUCAUAUGUGCCCUGUGGUGCCCCCAAAUCUACUGCAGAGGGUUGAGGGAACUCUCAGAAGAGAUAUAGGGUGCGUGGGGGGGGGGAAGGCCCCAUUAUGCAAAUGGAAGCUGUUCCACUCGUGCAACAAGUUUCCUACGACUCCAUGUUGUGCAUUGUAUGCUCAGCUUCUCCCCCUCGAAGGGGUCAUUCCAUUUUUUUUUUAAAACCAUUUACUAUGUUAAAGUAGCAUUGUGCCUAUCAGGCCAGUCUUGUUGUUUUGUAAACGUUUUGUUUUCCCCUUCUCUCCCCAGCAAACCAUGGUUAACAAGGUUGCCUGUCCAAGACAGAGUAGGAAAAUAAGGUUAGUCCAGAAGACCCUUUACUGGGAUUCUUAAGCCAUAACCUUUUACAGGAGGGAAGGGGAGCCCGUGGACCUCCAGUUGUUGCUGGACCUACAACCCCCAUCUUUCCUGACCACUGGCCAUGCAACUGGGGAGAUUUGGGAGGUCCACAUGCCCCCCCCCCUGCCUAAGCACAGAGAAAAAGUUCCAGUGCCUAAAGAUUCUCUCCUGUGUUACGGCUGAGGGAUCUCAGUAUCUUGCUGUAGUUUAGCAAAGAUUGGGGGAGUCGUCAUGCCAUGGAGGUGCAGCACUCAGCUCAUACAAACACACCCCUGCGUUCCUUCAAUAUUUUGAGUUCUAAAGUGCCUUACAGACCCCAUUUGCAAUAAUUAAAAGAGCCUUGCAAAUUUAAAACCCUCCUCCCUGAAAAAGGGGAGUGGUCAGAAUGGCUUCUGAUGCUGCUUUCUAACCUACAAAUGCCCCAUCUACUAGGGCUGUUUACUGUGGUUCCAUCUUCAGGCGGUCAUAUUUAAUUGGCCACUGUUGCCCCUACC